AUGAGCGAUUAUUCAACCCAAAAAAGUCAAAAGAUUGUAGACAAAAAUCAAAAAAAUCCAACGAAAGAGUCAGGCAACCCAAUCAAUUCAAGAUCAAACUCUUUCCUCAGGUCCCUAAAGUCAUCCAAACAAUACAAAUCAUCUGAAACUGAAUUAGAAGAAGGAGAGACGAUAAGCCCUUCUCCUUCACCUAGACAUACAUCGAUAAAAGUGCCAGACAAAAGCAGAGAUACAGCCAGAAGAGAAUCAGCCAAGGAAAAAGACAGAUCACCAAGUCGACUUACAAGUAGCAGCAGACGACGUGAAGACACCAAGCGAUCAAAUGCGCGCCAGGACUAUAGAAGCAGCAGACAUGAUAGUGACAAUGAUAGUGGUAGCAGACGGAGAUCCAGCUCGGAUAGAAAGCGAGACAAAGGGUAUCGCUCUAGUCGAUAUCACUCCAGGUCAAGGUCGACAUCUCGCUCACGAACACCUCCUCGUAGACGAUCCAGAAAUCGAUCCGAGUCCUCAAGACGACGAUCACCCCCAUCAACAUCCACAACAUCUCGUUCCGAAAAGAGCAUUACGAAUGGCAACGGUAAAAACCCCGAUAAUGAUAGCCAUAACAAUAAGCGUAAACGCUCGCCCCGAGAACGGAGGGAUAGCUCCAUGGAGAAAUCAGGCACAACACCCAGUAGAACAUUGACACCGACGAGGUCUUCUUCAUACGUUAAAGGAACCAAUGACAGAAACACCAAGCCAAAGACUAUCUCGGCAACAGCUCCUGAUUCAGACACACCAGAGCAAUGCAAAUUGUUCGUCAUCAUGUUUAGUAAGCUGGCACACGCCAACAAGAGAAGAGGUGACAAUCAAACCGAGGAAUUCUUUGGCAUGAUUGACCAUUUCCAUGCGUUGUGUGAUUACAUUUUGAACUUUUACUAUGUGGAUAAGACCAGUGUGGACAAGUUAUCGUUCAAGCAAGCAUCACAGGCCUGGAAAAGCUUGUUCCCAUUCACAGAUAGCUUGCUUGCAAAGCUAGAAUCUCACCAGCACUAUGAUUUGUACGGAUUGUGCGCACGGUUGAUAUCGUUGGUACGCUACUAUAUAUACAAGCGAAUGAUCGACCAAACAAGACAUUUAUUGGGAAAGCAAUUGGCUCUGGAUGACGAACAGGAUUCUUCUUCAAGCCGUGUUUGUAUUCAAGUGUCUGAAAGUUUGCUGAGAGAGUAUGAGAAAGCAGAGCGUUGGUACCGAACAUCAGAAAAGUACUUGUCUUACGGCACCAUGGCAACGCAGUUUCCUCAGACGUUCAAGCAUGUGUGCAUGGAAGGCGAUCUGUCAGCAGGGAUCACAUUAGGUGGUGAAGCAGGUGUCUCGGUGGAGCCCAUGUUUCCCUUUACACCUUACUCCCCAUUACACCAUGCUGCCAUUGUCUCUAAAUGCAUGCUCAGCGAAUAUGUUCGCACCAAAAAGUUUGAUUACACACCCAUUUCUCAGCCAGAAGAAUACAUGAAAUAA